CUUUUUUGCACUCGGUGGGACCACCGCUCUCCAUCCGAGGUGUAACAAAACACGCCAAACAUUUUCGCCGCACUUCUAAAAUAGCUGUUUUGACAUGUCGUCACCGCGACUGCAGCACAAUGUUUUAAAACAGCCCCCUGUGACUCAUCUGUCUCCGGCGGAGAUCUCUGCCCCAAAAGUGAGGAAAAAAUAAAAGGCUGCGGGAACCAACCCGAGCAGACAGCGUCGACAUGGAAUGACGGAUGUCUCCGUCGACUUUUUUUUUUUUAGUACCCUGACUUUAGACUUUAUGUGACGGUUGGGUGGGGAGGACGGCGGGGGGGAUUCAAAAGGCGACCCAGUGCUAUUCAAAACGUCACUCACCACCGAGAACGCGCGCUAACGACCACCGGUAAAGUGCGGCUCGCGUUGCGCGCAAUGCAAUCUGUGCGCGCAAAAGCACCGGUCAGUCCAGUCGAGGAAGGGGGACUGCACGCCGAGAGCAGGACCAAGAUCCGCUUCUAAUCCCAGAAGUGAAGCAGUUUCUGUGUUGUUGAAAAGGCCGUGGAUGUCCAGCGAUGAAGAUCGAGGAGGACACGCAGCGGGGGCCCACCGCUCCUAUGGAUGAUCAGGAUCCGGGGGCCGGCGAUGGGCGGUCGUCCCGACAGCAGCGACCCGGAGCCGGUCACAAACACAUCAUGCAUGUCACCGAUCAAAAGAGAGCUACUGCCAAAACCGUUAAAGUGUCUGUGCUCAGUGACGGAAAUCCAAAGUCUGUUCUUACGAAAACUAAGAACUGUUGCACUGAUGCCGUGGGAUCCGAUGGCGGCGACCGAGAGAUGGAAAUCCAAACCCUGAUCAAGGAAAUCAUGGAGAAACAGAAAGAUGAGGAUGUGGAUAAAAUUGUUCCGCAGAGCGGAACGGCUUCAUCUCCUUCUUCCCCAGUUCAUAUCACCGAGGAGUCGGGAAACAAAAAAGACGUCACCGUCCCAUCCCAGCCCCGGCAGGUCACCCUGGCAACCGAGCAAGAAGACCCCGGAGUCAUCGUGUCCCGGGACAAGGACGAGCUCCCCCGUGUGGACAGACCACUUGACUCCGAUGUCCGCGAGGAAGGAGAUCAUGACGAUGAUGGUGAAGAUGAUAACGAUGAUGAUGAUGGCGGUGGGGAUAUUGUUGAUGGAGGUGACGGUGGUGGUCCCAAUGACGAGGAUGAUGAGGAUGAUGAUGAUGAUGAUACUUUGAUACUUUCCGAUGAAUGCGAGUCGCACUACAUCAGCACGCACGAGAUCCAGCUCGCGGAGCUCUCCGACCACGAGGAGGACGGGCCGGGCGGUGACGUCACGGCGGGGUCCUUGGAAGAAGACCACCAGGUGUACUCGUUCGUGGAUUACGCGUAUUUUACGCACGAUGUCGGCGGAGGGGUGAGGGCCCGGCCUGAUAACGGGUCCCGCCACCUGGACAGUGACCUCCUCAGCUCAGACGGAAGUCUGUCAAAGACCCCGCCAAAGGGACCGUUCCAGCAUCUGUCCAUCAAAACGACCUCCCGCGCUAUAAAUGACCCCGGCAGCGGCCUCCAAGAAAAGCUGAACAAAACCCGUCAUCAACACAUCGACACAUGCACGCGCCCUGGGGACCCGGGGGGCCACGGCCACGUGUUUCAGGGAAGCGACGGCGGGAAAACAGAGACGCUUCGCGGUGGCGCCAAAUGUUUCAUCGCCGCCCCUGGGCGGUUACACUUGGGUCGCGCGUUAAAAGGCAGAGACGCCAACUGCUUCUCCAGCAGCGGCGCGUCCAGCGGGCUGAGCGAACCCGACGACGCGGACCAGGAAGUGCGUCAUCUGACGGGCCGCGCUUUCAAAAGCCUGGCGUACCCUUACCUCGGUGCCAUUCAUUUCAGCAGCUCCAGCGGCGCGACGUCUGCUGCGGCAUCAUCGGACCACGGGGGGCUUGGACUGAACCGGUGGUCCGCGUUCGUGGACCUCAAGUACGGCAAGCUCAACAUGGAUCACUUAGUCGCGCGAGGGCAGAACCCGACCUCGGCCUUCGGGGUCGCGCGCACUACAAUGGAUCACGUGAAUAACAACAAUACAGGAUACAAGGGCGUCAUCAAGAUGCCCGCAAACAAACUGUUUACUUUGAACAACAACAACAACUCUGCCUCGCAGAAACAUAUUGAACUCGUGGGGAAAUUUGGCCACGCGCACGGCGGCGUUUUUACGCUCACAACGGAAACGUUGAACUUCAGGUGCAACGUGGAAUCUGGGGGUGGCGAGAGACGCGCGAAAUUCACACAAAGCAAGCCGGGAUCACGUUCCGCGGAUGAUGUUACCGACACCUCGCCCGGCAGGCGGAGGAGGAGCGCAGCGAGGAGCAGCGGGACUCCCUGCUGUAGCGCGGCGGGGGCGACCAUGGACGACACGCAGAACGCCAAGAAAGCUAUGUUCGCCUCGAGCAUUCUCAAAAAUGUCAUCUCCAAGAAAAUGCAAUUCGAGGAAGAGCGCAAAAUGGAGCGCGGGGAGAUCCGCGAGGGCCCGCGCAGCGCGUCGUCGUCCGCUGCCGCGUUUGCGCCUUUGCCGCCGGAGAGCGGUGGCGCCGCGCGUAAAGGCGCGAGGGAGCUGCAGAGACCGAGCUCACGGUUCUCGGAGGCCAGCUCCGAAAGCACCAUUGUGGGCUUGGAUGAGUUGGGGGACAUUGUGGACACGGAUUCUUGCGACACCGUCACCGGUGAGCGCCCGAGAGCAGAAGACCCUAUGAGUCCCGCACAAGGCCCGCUUUUAGAGUGGACGGAUGAGGCUGGAAUGGAUCCUUCUAAACGAGGGGCAUUCGAAGCAGCUAAAAGCACGCUGCUUCUGAGCCAAAAUAGCGCAUUCAGGUCGUGGAGGGACGGCGAGCUAGAGUUUCAAACGGAACAUAAAAGCCAUAAAACUCCAGAGGAGGCUUCGUUUAACGAGCGCCCGGACGGAAGUGGCCCGUGUUCGGAUCCUGAGCAUAAGCUAAGGAAAAUGUCCCAUUUGUUUUUGCCGACUAUCCAGAUAAUGCCCGACGAGUGGGAAGUUGGAACGCAGCCGACCAUGAAUUAUUCGAUGUGCGCGACCGCGUUCGAAGGCGAGAGACGCAGCAUGGACUUGCUCUCCGACAAGCGCUACGACGCAGACUCAAGACGUAUCAAAACAUCCAAAUCACCGGAGAUCAAAAUCAACCUGAGGGCCAAAGACUAUAAAAAAGAGCCGUUUGGAGCUGCCAACCUGCGGGCUCACCAUGCAGGCAGCAGCGCGCCCGGUUUUACGCGAGCGGAGGACUCCCGGUGCCAAGCUCUCGCAGCCGUUUUGAAGGGUGAGUCCUCCGAUAAGGUUCCUCAUUUCACGGUCAGGGACAUACGUGAUAACAAAGGGAAGUUCCAGACGCCUAUACACCAAGUGAGGGACGUGCGUAAACUGGUGAAAAGUUCCUAUCACUUUGUGUCUUUGGAUAAUAACGACACGAAAUCCAACCUGACGCCCGGCGGUGAUUGGAACGCGGAUCAAAAGCAGAAGCACGGGCUGUAUCGUAACCAGGCCUCGGUAUCCCCAAUCGUGAUAAAAUGCCAGUCGGUGAAUACAAAUAGCAACGGAAAGCAAUCUGGAAAUCUAAUCGACUCGUCGUUUAAAAGCGGAGCGAGCGAGGAGCCCCCGCAGUGUGAGACGGACAGGUUCGACCGUCUGUCCCCAGAGGGCGCCAAAGGGGGCUCUUCGUUAGACCCGCCAGAAGGGAGCCUGGGUUUGAAUGUCGACGCCAACUCUGGCACCUCGUCUUGCCGACAGCCGGAGAAGGUGUCUGAUGCCGCGGACAAGAAACCCGAAUCCGGCCCGGAGAACCAGAGCGCCUUGGGGAAGCUCCAGGCGGCGGUGAAGACCAUGGAGCAGCUGUAUGUGUUUGACCACAACGAGUGGAAAAGGAAGAGCGAACCGAGGCCUCUGGCAGCCGCGCGCGAAGAAUUGGAACGCAGCCGACCGGCAGGGAGCAAGGAGGAGCGGGCGGGCCGCGGCUUCCACCACGUGACCCCGUCAGCGUUCCGGGACUCCCCCCGGGCCCACGACUCCGGGUACCACAGAGGAGAGGAGAGGGACCUCCCCAAGCCCUUCCUGCAUCAGCAUCCUGGUAGCCACGACGACCGACUCGGGUUCAAACCCAUCCAGGCGUCGCAGGGCAAGAGCGCGUACGACUUCGGCGGCGCCAAGAAAACCCCGGAAAACCCCGGGAGCGUCAGGGCGUUCCCGCAGCAGCACCCCCUCCCCAGGACCCCGGCGGGCCCCCCCGCCCAGGGCGCGGCCCCCAGGUCCCCCCCGCUGCCCGUCUCCGUGCGGAUCAGCCAGGCGGAGAGGCAGCACGCCCGCUCCGAGCUCCAGAACUACCUCAGCGUCCCCCUGAAGGCCGGGAGCCAGGCGGGCAAGAGGGUCAACUCGGUCCCGCCCUGCAGCGCCUCCAGCGGGGACAAGACCCUCUACACCCUCAGCGGCGCUGGGGGCCCCGGGCCCCGGCCCCGCACCCCUCCCAAGCAGUUCGUCCCCCGGGCCGCCGACGCCGCCGCCACCCGUUCCCCGGAGCGGCCCGCGCCUCCCGCCCCGCCGCCGGCCCCCCUCUACAGCCCCUUCCCUCUGGGGAUGGUCCCGGCCCAGCAGCAGGUGUUCUGCUUCUCCCCCGCCGCCAUGAGCCCGGGGCCGAUGGAGCCCUUCCAGCAGCAGGCCACCCAGAGGAAGAUGCUCCUGGACCCCACCACGGGGAACUACUACCUGGUGGACACCCCGGUCCCGCCCGCCACCAAGAGGCUCUACGACCCCGAGACGGGCCAGUACGUGGACUUCCCCAUGCCUCAGCCCCCCAUGACCCCCAUGACCCCCAUGACCCCCAUGACCCCUAUGACCUCCAUGACCCCCAUGACCUCCAUGAGUCCCAUGUCCCCCAUGACCUCCAUGACCCCCGUGCCCAUGGGGAUGUCCCCGAUGGCCCUCGGCCCCCCCGGGGCCUACGGCCACACCUACAUGUUCUACCCGGGCUUCAUGCCCGGCCUGGUCCCCGGCAGGGCGCUCUCCCAGCCGCCCCAGAUGAUGUGCGUGUCCCAGGCCGAGGGUCCGACGGCGGCGGGAGGCGGGGACCACCCCAACGCCGGGGCCUACGCCGAGAGCCCCUACUACCUGGCCACGGGCCCGUCGCCGCAGCAACGGCGCCGGGCCCCGGCCCUGCCGCCGCCGCAGGGGCCGAUGGGCGGGAAGCCGCCGCCGGUGAUCAGCAUGUCGUCGUCCCAGCAGGGGGCGCCCCGCAUCGUGGCCCCGCCCUCCUUCGACGGGACCACCAUGAGCUUCGUGGUGGAGCACCGGUGAACAGGG